CAAAACAGUUCGGCUAUUCUUGAGGGGACGCUCACAUUGUGCUUUCUACUUUCAGGCAAAUGAGCAUGACAAGUCGUCCCGCACUGAGCUCCAACAGCGGCCAGCUAAAGUUUGUUCCCUUCUAAUUACCCUCUUUAAAAUCUACAAUUGUGCCAUACCUCAAGCGCCAUUCAGCAGGGGAAACCAGAUCGAGUUAAACACGAGACGAUGGAUCUAAGAAAAAAUAUAAAUUUAUUGCUGAUUUUCCUCGCCGUUGCCUCGAUGAGAUUACACGCUUCUCAAGUGAAAUUAAGAGGCCGACAAUUUAUGACUUACAAACUAAAAUCUGGUGAAAACUCCAGACAGACGGUCGUUAAAUUGCGAUUCCAAACCAUUCAUCCAAACGGUCUAUUUUUGUAUUCCAAAGGAGCUAAAACUGAUGAGUACCUUCAGCUUGACCUCUUUCAUGGACAAGUGCGGUAAGUGUGUUGUUAAUUUUUAUACGUUCGCUGUGUGAGAAGAUCUUGCUAACUUGUAAACAGUUGUAAAAACCAUCUACUGGGCCAAGCUUGAAGAUGUGAGAACAACUGAAAAGAAGCCUAUUGUUUUGAUUUGGUAUUUCAUUGAACGCAUCUUUUUCUUAACCGACAUGUAAUAUAAGGUCUGUUGAAAAGGAAACACUGCGUCUCAUUUUCCUUUCAUUGGCAGUUAAUGGCAAUUCAGUCGCCAAAGAAAAGGUUAUGCUUCUUUUUUUUAGUUUCUUAAGGUUGUUGUUCCUAGCCAUCUCUCUUUUUUUUCUCUUAAUUUUUAUUUGGGUGUAUUUCAGAUCUGCAUGGAAAGAAUGUAUAAUACUGUACAUAAAAGCAAAGCGAUAAAUAUCUAGAUCGGUUUUUAAAAUAUAUAAUAAGAUUACUUUGUUUUCAAAACAAAAAUAAGCGAAGGGAUCCUAAGGAAUGUUUUUGAUAAAUUAUGAGAUUUUAAGGAAAUGAGCUGUGUUUAUGGCUAACUGAGGAAAUUUUAUGAAAAAACGUUUUUAAAACUUAUAAAUAUCCGUUCCUUAAUGGGCGAAUUUUUUUACUGCCAAUGAAAUAUUUGUUGACCUUGAUUUCUCGUAUUCUUUAACUAUUUACAUACAAUGAUAAACAUUUUGUGUCAUAGGGGAAAUUUGUUGUUAAAUUUGGCGAGAACUCUGUCGAAAUCAGAAAUAUUUCUUCGACCACUUAUUUUUAAAGAAAUCGUUUAAUCAGACUCCGCAUUAUUGUUCCCUGCAGUUUUGGAGACUGAAUAACCUUCUUUUGUCUCUCAAAAUUUUAAACCAUGCAAUGAAUCACACAAAAUUAAACUUUGGCAAGAUUGUGUCCUCCUUGAAAGAAACCGAAAAGAACUGUGUAGUUAUUCGGAUCGAUGCAGUUUUUUCUGUAAAACGACUUUGUUUAAUUCUUUUGAAUAUGUAUUCCUUAUUUUUGUGCAUUUUUUUGUGUACCUCUCCGCUUAAGCAACAAUGGUAAUUACCAUGCGCCAAGUUCUUUUUUGCGAAAAAAAUCUUACUUAUUUGCUCGCUAUUGAAACAAAUCGCAUACAUUUUAUUGCAGUUUCCAUACACUGCAUGUUUUUAUACUGAUCCUUUUAGAGAUCAAUUCCCUUCUUUUUUUUCUGCGGAAAAUAUAUACGUGGCCUUAAUGGCUUUAUCUGCAACACCGUAGGAGGGCCAUACAAAUCAAUUUUCCCUUUCACCCAUGUUUGAAACACCGCCUGAAUCGAUCAGAUUUGUCUGCUUAUUUUUUUAUUCCUUAAAUCAGUGCCGCAAAAACCUACAUUUUUCAUUCGGAUCGUCAAAAAGUUAGUUUAAGGUACUUCCAUUGUACUAUAUGCUAUGUGAAACAAAGUACAAAUUGAAUUAGCUUACACGUAAAUGCUACCAAAGAUAUAUCACUGAUAUCUUGCCCUUUACUGUCGCUUUUAAGUAUCUUUAAUGAAAUUCUUGCCCAAAGCCUCACCACUGAAACCAUCCAGACCACCAAAAGAUUUCGGCAAAAUUAUUUUGAUUAACAUUUUAAUUUGCAAAGGCUGUUCCUGUGAUUUUGAUUCAUAUCUAAUAUUAUAGUACAGUACAAAGGCACUCCCCCUUUUGUAGUCUUUAGAUAAAAAAUGAUUUGGGUAAUGCCACAACGUCGACAUUUUUUAAAAAUUUUGUAAACUCAAUCUAACUCGUGCGUUCAUAUUUGCAUCAACGCGGGAAAGAUUUUUAUCCGUAGCAAGGAGUAACACUUUCGUCGCUUAAAGCCGGAGGGCUAGAAUUAGAAUAAGACUGAAGCGCUGGCAAAUAUGGCUGUAUAGUAAUUGUAGCCCUAUAUCUAUAGUUCUGCCAAGAGUACAGCUACAGUAGCUUCUUCGAACAGUUGUUGGCGAAGAGAAGCAACCGACAGCAAUGGGCCAAAUUGAUUAAAAAGAAUAUGCCUUGCACUUUUACUUUCCCAAAUUCAGACGCUGGAAUGGUUACUUUUUUAUUCACUAGAAACAAGCGGACUAUUGAUGGAUACAGGCUCUUACAAAUUCUGGGUGACAUUCGUUGUAUGAGAAACGCUUUGAGAGCUUCAUGGUUUAGAGGAAGAUUAAAAAUGUCUUUAAAAGAUUAAAAUGUAUACUUUUUAUUCUCUAGUUAUCAAGGAUAUAUCGGAGGCAUCCACAAACAUGGAAAGGUGAAAAUAUUAGACGCAAAUAAGAAGCUGAACGACGGCGAAUGGCACAAUGUCACCUUAGUACAACGUGGAAGAACUGCUAUUCUUGAGGUGGAUAAGUUGCGAAGACCAAAAAUCGUUCAAACAGACUACCAAGAUCUUCACCUCGACGGCAACAUUUUCAUUGGUGGAAUGAGGUCUUCCGACUAUAAGAUCCACCGUCCUGAGAGCCGUAAUUUUAGCGGGUGCAUUGAAGACCUUACAUUCCGUGGUGCAAACCUGAUCAGAAAGGCUGAAAUCAAACGUCCAGAAGUCAGUGUGUACGGGAAUGUGGCAUUUAAGUGCGAGGAACUCGAUUAUAGGGUAGUAACACUUCCGAAUCCGAACACAGGCUAUCGAGUGACUGUACGUAAGUUACACGCAGACAACGACACAUUUUCAACGAGUUUUUACUUUCGUUCAUACAUCAAACAAGGCCUUCUGUUGUCACGAAGCGCGAUUAAGGUCAAGUUAAACUUGCGAUUGUCACAUGGCACUUUGAUUUAUAAUCUUAUGGCUCCAAAUGGAUCAAGGACAACAUUAAAACUGGGUUCUGAACUUGACAAUGGAGAAUGGCAUAAAGUCAACGCUAGUGUCAGAGGGCGAGAAGUUCGCUUGCAACUCGACGAGAAAUUCCGGACAGAACCUUUGAACCAAUCACGGCCUUUAAUGCUUGACUUCGCAAAUAAAUCUCGCCUGAAAAUAUUUCUUGGUGCCUUUGAAGAGAGGGAUUUUCCCGGCUUCGUUGGGUGCGUUUACAACUUACAGAUAGACAGUCAUAGGAUUACAGUGAAUAAUCUCAAGACUAAAAGCGGCAAACACACUAAUAAAUAUUUGCGAAACACUUGCCGCCUACAGAAUCGCUGCCAGCCGAAUCCGUGUAAAAACCGAGGCAUAUGUACACAGACUUGGGACAGGUUUUACUGUAAUUGUAAAUACACCGUAUUUAAAGGGGAACGAUGCGAUAUUUCCAUUUACAAGGCCACAUGCGAAUAUUACAAAGCCAUGGGGUUAAAGAAAAGUGCUUUGUGUUUGCUUGACUCAGUAGGUGGUGGAACGCCAUAUACAGCAUAUUGUAAUUUAACCCGGGAUGCCGCAAAAACGACAAUACGUCACGAUAAAAUGACUAAAACGAGGGUAGGAGAUGGGAUGAUGAAAGGAUCUGAUUAUCUACAUGAAAUAACGUACUCCAUUAAAAUGGAACAAAUUGAACAACUAAUUAGGAAAAGCGACAAAUGUCGCCAACAUAUUAGGUUUCAUUGCUUCUUUUCUAAGCUUCUAAAUUCGCCCAAUGGGCCUCCUCACGCGUUGUGGCUGUCACGUAACUCGGAGAGACAAAACUAUUGGGGCGGAGCAGAACCCGAAAGUGAAAAAUGCGCAUGCGGAAUGCCUGACCCGCCAACUUGUGUGAGUACCGCUAAAUUUUGCAAUUGUGACAACAAGGCCAAAAUAUGGCAAGUGGAUGAAGGAUAUUUGACAGAUAAAAAAACUCUUCCCGUCACUGCUCUGGAAUUUAACUCCAAAAGCGAGAGAUCUGACUUCACAGUAGGUCCACUGGAAUGUUGGGGAGGCUUAGAUAAAGAUAAAAUUUCGAUGAUGCAACCCCAGCAGAGUGGAAUGGCGACUGAUAAUUCAUUAGAGAAACGUUGUCCGACUGAUCCGAAACCAGCGGAACCUACCAGCGCCACGACUUCUCUUAGCUCCAUCAAUAAAGUUUCCACACCGAAAACUUGUCCAACAGUUGACGGCAAUUUCCAUGACGCGUGCACAACAUCCCCAACCUCCACGCCAAAUGUUACCAUGACAACUCCCUAUCCUAAAACGCCUGCAAAAGAAAUACAAACCUCACCACAGCCAAAAGAAUUCACUGUAGAUAACGGAACCGGAGAAUUGUCUACCAUCGCUAUCGUAAUGAUUUCCGGCGCUUUAGUAGUUAUUGUUCUACUAUCCAUGAAAUUAGGUCUUCCUCGCGUUAUAAUGUGUGUUCGAACGCACAGUAAGCGUGGCGAGUACAUUGUCCCACCGACCGGCUCUGGUGGAUAUCCAGCAAGAUUAUUUCCGCUGGUAGCCAAACGUGCGUCAAUACGGGGGAAGCAGUUAACACAGUACAGCGUAAAUGACAAACAUGUAGAGGGCAACACAACAAGUGGAAUCAAUUCAUACUGGGUGUGA